AUGGCUCCCUCCAGCAAACCCGUCGCUCUCGUCGUGGGCGCGUCCCGCGGCAUCGGCCGGCAAGUCGCCGUCGACUUUGCCGCGCAUGGCUACGCCGGGGAAAACACCAAAGUCGUCGUCGCUGCCAAGACAGUCAGCGAUCCUGCCAAACCAAUCACAGCCAUACCGGACCCCAAGUCCAACGAUUCCACCAUCACCACCGUCAGCUACGAGAUCCGGCAAGCGGGCGGCGAAGCCCACCCCGUGCAAGUAGACGUGCGCCAUGAGGAGAGCGUCAACGCGCUCGUCGAGCAGACCAUUGCCAAAUACGGGCGCCUCGACGUGCUCAUCUACAACUCAGGCGCCAUCUACUGGGCGUCUGUGCAGGACACGCCGCUGAAGCGGUUCAAGCUGAUGCAGAGCGUCAACCCCGAGGGCCUGUACGCCACGGUGCAGGCCGCGCUGCCGCACCUGCAGCAGCAGCCUGGCGGGCGCAUCCUCGUCGUCUCGCCGCCCAUCUACAGCCGCUUCUUCCGGGGCAAGACGGCGUACGCCAUGGGCAAGGUGGGCAUGUCGGUGCUCACAAAGGGCCUGGCCAUGGACUUUGCCCGCCAGGGGCUCGUCGCGCGCGGCAUGGCCAUCACCAGCCUCUGGCCCGCCGUCGCCAUCGAGUCGGCCGCCACGGAGCCCAUGGUCAGGCUGCGCCCGGACGAGGCCCGCGACCUGCGCAAGCCCGCCAUCUUCUCCGACGCCAUGCUCGCCAUCGUCCACGCCCCGGCCGCCGACGUCAACGGCGAGCUGCUGCUCGACGAGGACUUUCUGCACGACUACUGCGGCGUCCGCGACUUUCGAAAGUACAACGUCGUGCCCGACAGUGAGCCGAGGCGCAUCAUGCCGGCCCGCCUGCCCGACCUGCGCGUGGCCGAGCAGGACGACGAGGGGAAGCGCGUCGACAGCACAAAGUUGGCCAAAUUGUAA